UAUGUUAUAUAUACUAUAAACAAUUAUAUAUAUUUAUGUAGGUAUAUGUGAUACACUUGUAUGAGGAUCUGAGAUUUGAUAAUAUCAAAAGGAGAUUAUAAAGUUAUUUAGUAGUUUUAAAUACAUAAGUCGUUCAUUUGUUGCAGCAGAAUUUGUCUUGCGAUAGCCUGGCCUAGAUGCAUCUAGCAACGUCGUUAGGAAAACUGUAACUGAUGGAGAGAAAGGAAGAAUGAAUAAAGAAAAGGAGAAGAGAGAGUUCGUUGACCGUCAAAGAGAAGUCAGGAGCGUGACUGUAACCGUGACUGUGAUCGUAAUCCUGAUCGCAACCGUGAUCGUAACCAUGACCGACUUGCUGUUACAAAUCUUUAGAAAGUUUUGUGUGUGUUCGCGGAUAUAUGUUUGACUAUAGGUUUAGGUUACACAUGAAUAUUAUAUAUGUAUGUAAAAAAGUUUGUACAUCAUAUACAAUUCCUUUAUUUUUUUUUCACCACUGACUAGUUAAUGGCUUUUAUCAUUUUUGCAUGUUACAAACUUUCUAAGAAAUGAUUAUUUCUAGUAAUUAUUAAUUACGACAAUUCUCGUCUUUCCAUUGCAAUUUAUCCAUUUCUUGUAGUAGUGUCCUUCUUGUAUCAUUUAUAUUUCUUAUCUGUAACUUAACCUCAAAUUGUUUUAGUUGACAGAGUGCAAUAUAGGCUUUUUAUUUCUUUCAAACUUUAAACCUUUAAAAUACUAUUGGCAAAAUACUGUUUUGACGAAAUAAUAUUCCAUUAUUAAAUUUGGGUAGCUAUAAUAUAAAAUUAGAUAUAAUAUAGUAAAAAAGUAAAUAUAAUAUAAAAUUGAAUACAAGAUAGCAAUUAGAAGCAAUUAAAUUUUGAUAUACGAACAUUAAAAUGAUCAAGGACAAAAACUGAAGUAUAAUUUGUCAUAACUACUUCCUUGUAAAAACUUGACAAUCCUUAUAUAAAUAACAAUAUUAAACAUUUUGCCAUCUGAGUAAGAUUUAAAUGAAAUAUAUUUAAAAACACCAAAUCAACAACAGAACAGAAAUACAACAAAAGUAAUCGUCGAAUAUUAAAAUUAAAUAAUUAUAAAAUGUCGUAUUUUUGUCAGAAAAUGUAUUUUAUAUUUGCAACAAUCACCGCCUUAACUUUUAGUAUAAUAAUUUACCAGGUUUACUUAAUUCAGAAUGGUAACAGAUUACAUCAUCCAGAUGUACCCAUAAUUCUAUGGUGGACACCUUUUGGAAAUGAUGAAAAAUUACGGGACUGUGAAAAUUAUCAGUGUUAUUUUACAAGUAACCGAUCCUUUCAAUAUCAUAAACAGAUAAAAAGUUUUCUUUUCUAUGGUAGUAAUUUUCGAAUUAAUGAUUUACCAAAAUGGAAAUCCGACGAAAUUCCGUGGGGUUUGCUUCAUGAAGAAUCCCCAAGAAAUAAUCCAAUAUUAGUUCAACAGGAAACUCUGAAUCUUUUUACAUACUCUUCAACAUUUAGCAGAUUUAGUGAUGUACCUCUAACUCUUGCAGAUCUACCUGGAAUUACAGAAUUAUUAGAUAGAAAAUACUUUGUAUCUACAAAAGAAAAAACAAGGUUGAUGUAUAAAAGAAAUUUGGCACCAUUACUUUAUAUACAAUCUGAUUGUGAUACUGCAAGUAACAGAGAUAUUUAUGUAGCUGAAUUAAUGAAAUAUAUACGUAUAGAUUCAUAUGGCGCAUGUUUAAAUAAUGCUCAACUUGAGAAAAGGUUAAAGGAAAAUUACCUUGAAAUAUUGAACAGUGAAGAUUUUCUUUCUUUUAUUGCUAAUUACAAGUUUACAAUAGCUUUUGAAAAUGCAGUCUGCGAUGACUAUAUCACUGAAAAAUUGUGGAGGCCCCUUAUUGUUGGAUCUAUACCUAUAUAUUAUGGAUCACCAUCAUUCAAAGAUUGGCUUCCAAAUAAUAUGUCUGCUAUAUCAAUACUCGAUUUCAAAAAUCCAGUAAAUUUAGCCAAGUUUUUAUAUAAUCUUUCCAAUAAUGAAAUUGAAUAUAAUAAAUAUUUAUCCCACAAAUUAAUUGACGACUAUGAAACUGAAAAUGAAAGAUUAAGAAAGGCAUUAGAGAGAAAAGAGGAAUGGUUAUCUAAUGAAUUUGGAAAUUAUGUUGAAGAAUUUGAAUGUUUUGUUUGUAAAAGCAUAUAUCAACCAAGGAAAACAAAAAUUGUCAAUAAGAAACAUUAUAACUGUCCAUUGCCAAAAAAUCCACUAACAAACAAAACUGAUCAUUCUAAUUGGUGGACAAAACAAUGGACUUUAGAAAAAUGUGGUGCAAAGAUAUUAAGUUACCAUAUGCAAAAUAACCUUACAAUUAAUGAGGAAAAUUUUGAAACAGAUAAAAUGAAGCUUUUUGAUAGAAAUGAAUGUUAAUUUAUUUAUUUUUAAUAAAUUGAAAAUUUACUAUUUUAUAUAUUUAGUAACAGAUUGUAAUAUUAGUUGCAUACUUGUGUAUGUUUUGUUUUUAUUUGUAUUACAGAACUUUUAAUAUGUGAACUGUAUUUUUAUAAUAAAGAUAAUAUCCAAAAAGCUAUUGGAAACACUUUAUUUCUUGAUUUUCAAAUAUCAUUUAAAGGGUAACUAUAUAUUUACCUAUAUAGUUACCAUUUCUAAAUUAUGUUCUUAAUAUAAUAUUAAAUAUAAAAAAAAAAAAAAAA